UACUGACAGUUGGUAGAGUGGUUGUUGGAAGAGAAAUAUCAAGCAAUGGUGGAUAAUUUUGAUAUUCAUAUUUAGACAAUGAUUCAGUUAUCAGUUUAUUAGGGAUUAGUUCGAGCUAUGAUACGUAGAUAGAGGUAGUGUCGUUGUAUUUUGUAAAAAUUCACUUUAAAUUUGUGGUUAACUGGAUAUGUGCGAGUGAGAAGCAGUGAUAUUUGGAGGGUCAAUUACAAUUUUUAGUUGAAUGUUACUUCCGAACGUGUUAUUAAACUCUACCAAAAACUUGAAAGCAAGCACAAGUUUUGUCAAAUUGUUCCUUCGAUCAAUUUCGACCACUCAUUCAAAAAUGUCUGAAGUUGAUAAGAGGUUCACUCUACCCCAACGAUAUGCUGGAACAAAAGAAAGUGUAUGGACGGAAUACAUACAAAUGGCAAUAGACUAUAAACCGUUGAAUCUUGGACAAGGAUUUCCUGACUAUCCACCACCUCAAUAUAUCAUGGAUACUUUGAGCAAUGUUGCAGUUGGAGAGGACUACAUGCUUCAUCAAUAUACUAGAGGAUUUGGUCAUCCAAGGCUUGUGGCUGCUCUCUCCAAACUAUAUUCCAAAUUAAUUGGAAGACCUAUCAAUGAACGAACUGAAAUUCUUACAACUAGUGGAGCAUAUGAAGCACUUUUUUCAACAAUCAUGGGACAUACAGAAGUUGGAGAUGAAGUUAUAAUAAUAGAACCUUUCUAUGAUUGCUAUGAACCUAUGGUUAGAUAUGCAGGAGGUAUACCCAGAUUCAUUCCUCUAANAUUAGGAGGGAGAAAAAAAUCUCAAAUAAAUCUUGAGUCGGAGAAGGAUGAAUACAAAGAUUAUAGGUUUACGAAGUGGAUGACAAAGAAUAUUGGAAUUCAAGGCAUUCCACCUUCUGCUUUUUACAGUGUUCCUCACAAAAAUUUGGGUGAAAACUAUGUUAGAUACAAUUUUAUCAAGAAGGAUGAGAAUUUGAAGAAAGCCAGUGACAUUUUAACUAAAUGGAAAUCUAGUCUCAAGAAAGAAUACGCUCAAUUAGCUCAAGAGUAUAAACCUGUAGAUCUUGGACUUGGUGCUCCUGACUUUCCACCUACGAAGUACAUAAGAGAUACUCUAGCACAAGUUGUGUCUUCCGAAACGUCUGUACAUCAGUACACCAACCCGAAGGGCCAUCCUCGUCUCACCAAAGCUUUUGCACAAUUAUAUUCGAGACACAUAGACAGAAACAUCGACCCAGAAAAUGAAGUUUUGAUCACCUCUGGAUCAAGCGAAGCACUGUUUUGUUCAGUAAUGAGCCUCGUUGGUGAAGGAGACGAAGUUAUUUUGAUAGAACCAUACUUCACCGUUUAUACUUCUCUAAUACGAUUGGCAGGGGGAAUACCAAAAUUUAUUUGCUUGAAACCAAAUCCAAGGAAAGAUAAACUUGAGUCAUCAGCAGAUUUUAUAUUGGAUAGGAAAGAAUUAGAAGACCUAUUUUCUGCUAAAACAAAAGUAAUUAUAUUGAAUACUCCAAACAACCCUCUUGGAAAAGUAUUCAAUUUUUCUGAACUGACAAUAAUUGCUGAACUAUGCAAGGAAUGGAAUGUCACUUGCAUAUCCGAUGAAGUUUAUGAGUGGAUGGUGUAUAAACCUAACCAACAUAUAAGAAUUGUUAAAGCACAAAUAAGAAUAAAAAUUGGAGAAAUGGAAGCUUUUGCAAUACUUUUGGAGAGAGAAGAUGCCAGACUAGGACAAAAUGAUUCACAUUUUGUUACCUUGGAAAGACAAUUGACUGAAAAACGAAAUUUUAUAAUGCAGAAAUUAUCCGAGGCUGGAAUGAAACCUAUUUUACCGGAUGGAGGUUUUUAUGUUAUGGCAGACAUCUCAAAAUUAGAUUCAUUUUGCGAAACUGACGACUUCAUGGAUUUGAGAGUCACCAAAUGGUUGAUCAAAAACCAUCAACUACAAGGCAUUCCCACUAGUGUGUUCUUCACUGAUCAAAACAAGAAAAAGAAUGAACAGUUUGCUAGGUUUUGUUUUUACAAGAAAGAAGAUACUUUACAGAAGGCUGCAGAGAUACUUGCAAGAUUUUGAGAAAAUUUUUAUUUAUGAUUCCAAACAUUCCAAUGCUCAAAUGAUAGACUUCUCUGAAAACAGGUUAUGCAGGUUAUGUCGAAAAAUCACCUCGAAGCCAUCGCUUGGCAUCUCUUGAGUCAUUACCAUACGUUUUACCGUACCUGCAAUCAUAAAACAUUUCAUUAUGGAUGGGACUUUUUGAGUACAGAAAAAAUAUUUCAGGUUUAUAGGUUAUUAAAUGUAGGUAGACACGUGUCAAAUUUUUUCAUUUAUAUAUAAAUCAAUACCAGGAAUUGUAACGAAACCAUCUGAACAAUAUAUGAGUUCAAUUAUU